CUCGGUAUUCACGAGAAGUUUCCGAUCUAGAGUACCCAGAGUGCUUUUAGCUCAUCGGGGUAUUUUCGAAUCACGGGAUCCGCCAUAUUUCUCAUCUUCAUCUUCCGGAUUUUGCUUUUGUAUUUUCAUUAAUUGGCGAGCUUCCCGAUCAUGGCAGCAACGGGACCUUACAACUACUCCUACAUAUUCAAGUACAUAAUUAUCGGAGAUAUGGGUGUAGGCAAAUCCUGUCUACUUCAUCAAUUUACAGAAAAGAAAUUUAUGGCAGAUUGCCCCCACACCAUUGGUGUAGAGUUUGGAACAAGGAUAAUUGAAGUAUCAGGCCAGAAGAUCAAACUUCAAAUUUGGGAUACAGCUGGACAAGAGAGAUUUAGAGCUGUAACAAGAAGUUAUUACCGAGGUGCAGCUGGUGCCCUCAUGGUGUAUGAUAUUACAAGGAGAAGUACUUACAAUCAUCUAAGUAGCUGGCUCACAGAUGCAAGAAAUUUAACAAACCCAAACACAGUGAUAUUUCUUAUUGGGAACAAGUCAGACUUAGAUGCUCAGAGAGAUGUGACUUAUGAAGAAGCCAAACAAUUUGCUGAGGAGAAUGGACUUCUGUAUUGUGAAGCAAGUGCAAAAACGGGUGAAAAUGUAGAGGAUGCCUUCCUUGAUACAGCAAAGAAAAUUUACCAAAAUAUUCAGGAUGGAAGUUUGGAUCUUAAUGCAGCAGAGUCAGGAGUGCAGCACAAACCACUGGCAGGCAGGCCAGCAAACUCACUGCACACAGAUCAGCAGGCAAAUCAGGAUAAAUGUGCCUGCUAACCUCCAAACCUCCUAAAUAUUUUAAUCAGAGAACAAGGUGAAUGAAUUUCCUCCAUUGGAUACAGACGCAAACAUGACUUAUUUUCGAUAAAUGGUACACAACAUUGGUUAAGUCUAACAUGUACAUGUAGAUAUCAGAUGUGGUAUAAAUACUUAUAUUGUAGCAAAAGGGAAAUGAUGAGGAAUGGUUGUCCUCAUUGCAAUAUCAUCUUAUAAUUUCCAUUAGCAAAGAAGAUGCUGUAACACACUACUUUUGAUGAAAGAUAUUCAUGUUUUGUGUAAGAAAAUCUACAAUGGUUCAGUACUAGUUAUGGCACAAGGGUGAAAUUACAGCAGGGUGGAAAGAUGAUUUUUACUUAAAUUCCCAUUUAAAGAAACUGUUUGUCAUACAUGUACAGGUAUUUAACUCUUUUACAUUGACUCAGGAUACCAUGACAAUAACAACACAUGGUUCAUGAAGCAAGUGUUGAAAAUUUAAAAUUAAUCAACAUGGGGUAAACAAUAUCCUAAUUCUAAUUCUAAGAAAUAAUAUCCAAAGUAAUGUAUGGCAGAUAGUAAAGACAGAUUUUGAAAGUGAAAGAGUUAAAUUAGUAAAGCCAACAUAUUUUUGCCUGUUGUUAAAAAAUUGGGUUCCAUAAUACAAAAAAGUUGUUCAGAAGUGCUGUAGACAACCAAACCAAACACAGCUAGCUGUUUCAUUCUUCUUUUUAAAAUUAAUAGUUCUCUGUGUGUGUUUCUUUUCCUCUUGUUUCCCAUAAGUUUAUUUUGCUCCUAGUACACUGCCAAUUCUGAAUAUUCAAACUGCGAAUUGCUAAACCUAUUGGUGUUCAUCACAAUGGAAUUGUCACAAAGUGUCCCCUGCAUGCAUGACAACCAUCAAGGAAAUCGUAUCAGCAGGACUAGUGUUGUAAUGCUUUUCAUGCUUUUGUACACAAUGGGCUGCAUUUGUCCCUCAAGUUGAUAGAAUAAUGUUUAACUUGUAAAAUCUUGAUAGCACAAUACAAAGAAAAUCAGCACUUAGACAUUUUCUCAUACCUCUUGAAGGAAAGCUCAGGGCUACAAGGGAAAGUUGUUACAUUUAGUUGCUGUCUCGUGCACUCUUGUUGCAGUUGUUUAUGAGGGGAAAAUUAAGUUGUGAUAUAUGCAUAGGUAUGAAAUUUUAAUCCAUCAUUGAAGAACAAUGCUAUAUUGUAAUGCCUUUCUGACUAGAAAAUGACCUCGCUAAAUGUCUGUUGUAGGCAAUUGUUUUCAAAGUUUACUUGCAGAUGUUUCUUGGUGUGCUUGUAACUCCUUGAAUGCGUUGCUCAAUCCAGCUCUCCUCUUUCUUUUGAUAAAAUAAAGCUGUACAGAGUAGGAUA